AUGGUGUCUAAACUCGAGUUUGAUUAUCAGCACUAUGGUGACGGCGAGACGUUUUCAGACAACUUUUGCAGUGUUUUGAUAUCCAGUAAAGCUCCGGUGCUAGAGAGUUUGCGUCUCCGUUUUAGUAUAGACAGUUCUGCUCCUGUCGAUAUAGAAUUGUGGAUUUCAAUUGCAUACUUACACCGUAUGUGUGAGUUGGAGCUAGAUGUUGUAGGGCCUUCCAGUUUCAAGCUCCCUGUUAACUACUUAUUUUACCGUGAUCUAGAUACCUUGAAACUCAAGAAUUUUGUUCUUGUUGAUUGUCCUGAUCAGGAUCGCCACCGCAAGUAUUAUAUGAGAACACUGCAUCUUUGCUAUGUGAACUGCAAAAACGAUGAUUCGGUUGCUAACUUUUUAUCUGGAUGCCAUGUUCUUGAGAAUUUGGUUGUGAGUCGAUGUAGAUGGGAUCAUGUUAAAACUUUCACUAUUGCUGUCCCAACUUUGCAGAGACUUGAAAUUUGUGAUUGGAAUUGGAAUGGUCAAGAAAGGGAGCAAGAGUUUGGGGACUACGAGAUUAAUGCUCCUUGUUUGAAAUACUUGAAGAUUAAAGGGACUCGUGAUAUCCGGUUUCGUCUAGUUGAUCAGAUGAUUGCAAAUAGUAGUACUAGUGAUAAUCAAGAUCUUUGGAGGAUCAGAAACUUUUCCUUGUCUUACAGGUCAUCUCUAAUAAGUGAGAUUGCAUUUCCUAAGUAUACCAUCUUCCACCAGUUGGUAUAUUUGGAGCUAUGCACAUCUCAAGCAAUGUGGUGUAAUCUACUUACUCUCAUAAUCAAUACUUGUCCCAGAUUACAAGUCCUCAAACUUAUAGGUUGUGGAUGGGAUAAUAGAAAAGUUUUUGCGGGGAGAUGGAAUAAACCAAAGAAUGUUCCGGAAUGUUUGGAGACUUUUGUGUGGAACUGCUGCAAAGAGCAACAAGAAAAAGAGAAAGGAGUGGUGAAAUACAUUCUACGAAAUGCAAAUCGACUAAAGAAAGCAAGAAUCAUCAUGAAAGAGUUUAGCUCGCAGGAAAGACUUAAGAUGCUUGAAGAGUUUAAAAGUGUGGUCAAGGCUUCAAAUUCAUCAUGCAACAUUCUUGUGGUUGAAUGA